AUGGCGUACGCCGACGAGGACGAAGUCGACUGGAGCGAUAGCUCCUUGUGUGCGCUUCCACCACCUAGCACUAUUGAAGCUGCAGCUGGCCCAAGCAACCUCGACCAACAUGGGCAAGCCGGAUGCAACCGAGGCUCAAUGCUCAGGUCGGGAAUUGAUGAAGAACUCAUUAUACCUUGUGAGCUUCCUCUGGGUUCAAGUAUCCUGAACAGCAACAGCACUUCUCAGGACCCCUCACAUACGAAUGGAGCACGAAAUGAUGUUCUUCCUACCCGCCGAGCUUCUAAGAAGGACUACUCUAACUUUAUCCUUUACGAAGCGAGCCAGAAGGCAUACGAACUUACAUCAUUGAAUGCCUUUGUGGCGCAUGCCUUGCAUCCCAAGCAGAUCGCUCAAUGCUCUGGAGAAGGAAACUGUGCACAGCCCACUAUGGAGGACUACAUGAGAACAGUCACUCGCGACAUCACUCAUAUUACGAAGAAAAUUGUUCGAAACACCCAUUGUCGCACUGUUCAUCUCCUGGCAAACGACAAGAAGCAAGGUGCACCGUUCUUGGACGUGUACAAGAUCAACUCAGAGGCUUUCUCAGACUAUGGGCCUGAUAACUUAUUCCCUGUAGCAGACAGGGUGAGCACAUUAUGGCACCGUGCCAGCCAGAAGCCAUCCAUGGUACGAUUGUCAACGGAUGAUUACAGUCUCGACCAUGGUGUUGAUCCCUUGGAAGAAAUCGAAGAAGUCACCAAUACCCUUCUUAAGGGCAACUGCCACAAGACCUUGCCCGCAGGUCGAGCUGUGAGACUGCCAACUUUUAAGAAACAAAGAGGCGAGCGCUCAUACGGAGCAGCUGUUAGGGAGAAGCCAGUUGUCGCACCGCGCGGGGAUUGGCUUGCAUUUCCACAGUACAGUCUUCCAGUCGUGAAUCGUCCUACAAACAAGCCAAUUCACAAGUCGGAUACCCAAAACUCACUCCAAUUGUUACCAAGGCUAUCAGCGUCGCACCAUGUCCAGGAUGGUGACCAUCCUGCUGGACUAUUCGUAGAGCCCGCAGAGUAUCAACAUGAUAUGGCUCAGCCCCCCCUUUCCCAGUUUGAGGAACUCUUGGGUUCUGACGAAGAUGGCAUUCUCGACAUCAAUUUUGCUAAUUCACCAGCACUAACUGAGGACAUCGCACACACGGAAAAGGUCAAUACUUGGCGAUCAAAGCUAGUCAAAGACUACAAACAGUGGCUGGAACGAAGGCGGGGGUACCCACUACAGACCAAUGAUCGAGCGGUUAUGAGUACCGGAGAAGCUGUGGCUGCUGCUAUCGCCCUAGGAUUUCGUCCCACGAACAGUGACUAUCAAGAGCAAGUCGAUGAGGCAGGAGAUGACAAUACUAUUGUUCCAACAAUAGAAAUCCCUACUAAUCCUCCAAGUACGCGACGGCCUGCGAAGAAGAGAAGGAUAAUGGAAGAAGCUGCAGGAGGACAGCCCACAGCUACCGUUUUUAUCAAACAGAAAACGAUGUCUGCCAAGUCCUCGAACAAGUCGGUGAUGAAUCCUAGGCCGCAGGCGCUCCAUCCAAGUGGAUCAUGGACCCUCGAGGACCACCAGGAGAUUCCUCCCACUGCCUACUUUGAACCAAUGUCUAUCGAUGAGAAGCCAGCUUGGCGUUGUGGCAUCAACCAUGCACUUGGUAGUUACUACAAUGCUGGAGACUGCAAAUCAUGUAAAGGUUGCAAUACUAAUGUCCGAGAUAGUCCGGUGAAUAUAAUGGACUUUUUCAUGCCAUCAAGGACCUAUUUUUACCAACCUGUACCAGACAAUCAUUGGAAACCAACGAAGCCAUUGAAAAAAGCACGAAAGGCUUCAAGUAUAUGUCAUAACGCCAAGGCGAAAGAUGCUUAUUGGGAAGCUAUCGAUGCCGGUGCAACUCACGACGAGGCACGGCAAGUCGCUGCAGAUACUGUUGUUGAAUGGCUCAAGCCGAAGCCGAAGCCACUACCCAAAACACCCACGCCUGAGCUUGAACCGGAGCCGGAGCCCGAUCUUGGUCCUCACACCAGUGGCUCUACGACUAUGGAGCAUGGACAAGAGAUCCCGGAUGGAUCAUACUGGGAAAAAGAAGAUAAACAUGAAGAGUAUGCUUGGAGAUGUGACGUCGGGCAUGCCUUCGGACGCUACUACCUUGCUGGCGACAAGAAAAGCUGCCCUGGUUGUGGAUCAAGCAAGCAAGGCAUGGGCAAGCGUGCGACAAUGGACUUCUACUUACCCCCAGGGGCUGUAGUACGCCAAGAAGCCCCCGGUCUAUCAACAUGGAAGCCCCGUGCUUUGAAGCCGGGCAAGGUUUUCAAAUCCAAGAUUGGUCCAGUUACGCACAAUCAGAUGUGCUCCAAAGUUUACCAUGAAAUGAUUGCCCAUGAAAAUGGAACGGAGGAGGCUUUCGAGCUUGCUCUGAUGGAAGUCGAUCAGGAGCUGGAUAGACGAGAAGAAGAGAAGUUGAGGAGACAUCAGGACAGGAGAGGUAAGGAGGUGUCGAAAGCACUGAAUGAGACGACAACUGCGCAUGCCAGUCCUACGAGGAGCAACUCGGCAGACACUGACCAGACUGAGAGUUCCGAUACUCGCCAAUACGGUGGCAAAACUCUCGCUGGCUCAGAAACGACUUCAGUGCUUGCGAAGAGGAAAGCCGAUGACAUGGACGAAGAAGGGGCGGACGAAGAAGAGGAAGAAUACCACACUUCUGGUUAUGCGUCGAGUCCGCAAAUGGGUGGGGGUAUUGAUGACACGUCUUCCGAUGACGAUGAAGAGAGCUCUGGCUCGGAUAGUGAGUGA